AUGAACAGCCCAGUUGCAAAUUUCUUCGAAGCUCCGCAACAGCCAAGUACAUCCUCCUCCAUCGAUUCGCUCUCCCGCUCUAUUGGGUUGCUUAGCAUCAAUAGAUAUGGCAAUGGAAAUCCUUCGCAGCCUUUUCUCGGUACUUAUCCAAGAACCCACCAAGUGAAUGAUGUAAUUCCUCAACAAACGCCUGUUCCCACAGCUUGGUUCCGGGAUUCCAUGGAAGCGGCUCAGAAUCCAUUCCUUGAGCAGAGAAUCUUCGCUGAACCUCACAAUCCGCUGAUGUGGCCGCCGCAGGAUGGUGGCGCAGAGUUGAAGGAUCAUGGCAUUCAUCAGUUUCCAAGCCUUGGAUUGCCUAAAGAUCACAACUUUUUGGCCAAUGCCAAGACCCAACACGGCUCGAUUGAGAUUCAGAAGAGUCUCAAGUCGAACGAUAACAUGCAGUUAAUGAUGACAUACAUUAAAGCUGUUCCCUUUACUGUGCCUCUCAUGAUGGACCAACAUGGAUGCCAUGUCUUCAUGAAGCUGCUCGACUUCUGUUCUGAUACCCAGUUGAGAUUCAUCAUGGCUGAGAUUGUUCAGAACAUCGCUUCGUUUCUCGAAUUAUCGUGCAGCAGAUCCGGCUCAAAAUCGCUCAAGCGCCUUAUUAAACGACUUCAGAAAUCUCCAAUGCUGGCAGUCCUAAUCAACAUCCUGGCGAAUGAGUUCUAUCCUCUAAUGCUUCAUCCAAUUGGAAGCCAUGUGAUAUUGGAGUGCAUAGACACCCUUCAACCACAGCAGAACGAGUUGCUGUAUAUAAAAUCCAUUGAACACUGUCUCGAGCUUGCCACGAACGAAUUCGGGUGCAUAGCAUUGAACAUCUUCAUCAACCGCAGCAACGGUCCCUACAGAUACAAACUACUAAACUCCAUCUCCAACCAUGUUGUGUAUCUCUCCCAGGAUCCUUCAGGGAACUAUGUGGUGCAGAAUGCAUUGGCACUUGAGAACCCAUGCUGCAAUAGGGAUAUUUGCAGCCAGCUGAAAGGGCAUUACGCGAGGCUGUCGAUGCAGAAAGGCGGUAGCCAUGUGGUUGAGAAGUGUUUAAGUUCCAGAGAGAUGAUGGAGCAUGUGGUUGAAGAUCUAUUGCACACCAAUCAGUUGAUCCAAGUUGCUAAGGAUAAGUUCGGGAACUAUGUGGUUCAGAAAGCACUCCAAGUUACUAAGCAGCUGGUGAGCGUUCUGAAGAAGCACAAGUAUGCAUUGCAGCAUGGAUAUGGGAAGAAUGUGUGGAAUGCCAUUGAGAAUGAGAAGAAUUCUGCUGUUGAUCAUUCAGAGUUGUAG